AUGGGGACUCGCUACACGCUAGAUGGUGAUGGAGACGUGGAGAUGAGCGCGCCUCAACCCGUGUACGAGGUUAUCAAGGCGCCGAAACUGGCCAGUUGGGACCUAGCCUUCUUGAUCGUGUGGAAUCGCGAGUGCGGGCAGUACCUGACGAAGAUACGCCAUCGCUGUAGCGUGACUGGCGAGAUCUUUGGCGGUGUCAUGACUACAGUGAAAGGGUCGGUGGAACCGGCCGUGCUCGAAACACUGGCUACGUAUGUUCUGAAGAAGACUCUCAAGAACGCGUUCAUUCCAGACCUUGCUACGCUCUUCCGUAAGUCCUUGAAGAUGGACAUGCAAGUAGACGACUGUGACGCGCAUGUGUCCCAGUAUUUCCAGUCCUUUACGAAGAUUGUGGAGGAUAAUGGUCUGCAAGCGCUUAUUGAUGGCGGAGAUGCUGCUAGUCCGGGCUGCAAGGACCGCAUGAAGGCCCGGCGUGCUAUUCUCGUGGAGAACAUUCAGCAUGCCAUGCUGAAGGAGCAGAUCAAGCGACUCAACAAGUAUGAGAGGCGAGACUGUAGAACGGAUGAUGCAGCCCUCUUUGAUUUGAUACUGGAACAUGCCUGGGUGCAACAGCAGUUCCACGCACAAAGUGUGGAGCGUGUGGCUCCUCAAACGCGUGGGCAGCCGCAGCAGCAACAAAACAAGCGAGCCUCAAAGCCAGUGAAGACGACGGCUCCUUCUGAGAAGAGAGCGCGGGCUCCUCCGCGAGACGGCUGUCUGGUAUGUAGGGGCGCCCACUGGCUGGACAAGUGUCCGACGGCGACCGCGGGACAGAAAGCAGAAGCUUUGCCCAAGCUGAGAGAGGCUAAGUUGGAUCGGAACGAUUCUGUGCGCUCAAAGACUGUGUCAUCCGCUGUUUGUGCCAAUAUGGUGCGAAUGGACAGUGUGCUGGAGAUGCCCUAUAUUCCAGACAGUGGCGCAGAUCGUACGAUGAUUCCUCGAGUGGUCGUCACUUCGCUACAAGAACUCAACGUGGACCUCGGCGUCGAGGUACUAGGGCGUCCGAUACCUGUGUAUCUAGCGGAUGGAAGGCAUGUCAACUGCGUGGAGGAAGUCGUUGUGGCGUUAGAACUCGUCACGGCCGCAUAA